CUGCAAACAUUUUUGAACAGGUCUUACUAGCUAGCAAGAUUGCUGCAGUGAGAUAGAUAAUGCCCACAAAUUCCACUCACAACCAAUACAUCUCUGCCUUUCCCUUUGAUGGCUGAUUGGCCUUCCAUAUUUAUAUAGUUUAGUAAACAAAAGUGAAUGAAGACUUGGCCUUUAUUCUAUAAAGUCAAAUGCAAACUCAUGCCAGAUGCGAUAUAUACAUUGGAAUUGGAAUUGGAAGUGUAGCAAUUGUGCCUGCUAUUCCAAGUAGCAAAAAAAUGAAUAUUUUCAUAGCCAUCUUCUCCUCCUUUCUCUUCUUCUUGUCAUUCUCAUACCUUGCAAGCAGCAGCAGCAGCAGCUCCUCAGAAAAUUGCUUGCAGGAGGAUGUUUGCUUCAAGGGCGAGCCAAACAUUAAAUUCCCCUUCGGGAUAACAAAAAGCCAGCCACAGUCAUGUACUUAUCCGGGGUUUGAACUAUCCUGUGACAUCACCAACCAAACAAUCCUCAACUUCCCAUAUUCCGGAGAUUUCACUAUCCAAGGCAUAGACUAUGCGGAACAACAAAUAUGGAUCAACGAUCCAAACAACUGCCUCCCGCAGCGAAUUCUGACGCUCAACCUCUCGGGCUCUCCAUUUCACGGCGUGACAAACGAAACCUUCACGUUCUUCAAUUGCUCGCUGGAUUAUUUGAAGUACAAGCUCAACCCAAUUGCUUGCCUCAGCGGUUCUACGUACACAGUUUUUGCUACCACUUCUACCAAGGUGAUUGAUUAUUUGUCGUCUUCGCCCACAUGCAAUCGAACUGGUACCUUUGUUGUUCCGGUUGAUGUUCCGUUGUACGACGAGGUUAUGUCGUCGGACCUGACUGAUCAUCUCCGGCUGACGUGGGACAUGCCCGGGUGCGGCAGGUGCGCGGCGCGUGGUGGCCAGUGUGGGUUCAAGACCAAUUCAAGUCACCAAGUUGUUUGCUCAAACCUUCCUCAACGAGGAAUUCCAAGGAGCGCCCGGUAUGCCAUUACUGUGGGUGUUGGAGUGCCAGCAAUCUUGUGCAUUUUGGGGCUUUUAUGUUGUGUAUGUAGCAAGGUCAAGUCUUUCACAAGGGGACGCAGAACUCUGCCGGAAUUUAAUUCCAUAGUGGCUCCACAGCCCACUGUCGUUAUGGGCCUCGAUAGGCCCAGGCUCGAGGCCUACCCGAAAAUCAUCCUUGGCGAAAGCCGGCGACUACCAAAGCCCGACGAUAACACGUGCCCGAUAUGCUUGUCGGAGUACCGGCCCAAGGAGACAUUGAAGACCAUACCCAAAUGCCAACAUUGCUUCCAUGCUGACUGCAUUGAUGAAUGGCUUCAAAUGAAUGCUACCUGCCCUAUUUGUAGGAAUUCUCCACCAUGACACCAACCUCACAAUGGAUGUUUCAUAGCAUUUUUCUGCCAAAUCUUGUGCCCUUUCUUUUUCCCUAAAAUUGUACAUAAUUCUUUUUUUGUUUUUGUUUUUGUUUUGUGUGUGUGAAUGCAAGUUGAUUAAGAAAGUAAUCAAAUAAAAAUAAAAGGAGCACCAACUCUUUUUAAAA